AUGUCGGUGCCGAGGACACCACCGCGGGUAUCAGAAAUACUCGCAGGUGUACCAGUAACUCCACCAAAUCGGUCUACCGACGCGACGUCGCGUGUAGAGUUGACGCCGGAGCAGCAACGGCGCAUUGAAGUAAACCGACUCAAAGCAAAGGCGCGUCAACGCGAGUUAUUGGCACGGCGCUCCGCUCUCGAAGCCGAGUCGUCCAACGAGGUGAAUAGUAAUGGCAAACGACCGCUCGAAGUCACACCCGCCACGUCGAAAUCGCCUACAGUGCCGAGUACGAGUAAACGCGCAUACGAUGACGGUGAAAAGGAGGGCCCGUUGAAGCGCAACUCGCGGCUGAGUAAUUACUUUGAGUACGAUUUGAGCAAGAUGGUCAAUACCAAGGGUGGUUUCUUGGUUGAUGAGGAUGGGAGUGGGGUUGGUAAAGAGGUGGAUGAGGAUAUGCGGAGGAGAGAAAAGCAACGCGAGAUGGAGCGUGUCGCGAAGAAUGCCGAGCCUUUUCGGAUGCUGGAUCCUGCGGAGAAUCCCAAGUGCCGCGAGUGUGGUUCAUUGGACAUUGACCAUGUCUUUCAUCGCACGUUUCGGUGUUUAGUAUGCAAUGCAUGCAAGAAUACGUAUCCAGAAAAGUAUAGUCUGCUCACCAAGACGGAGUGCAAAGAGGACUACAUUCUCACCGACUCUGAAUUACGUGACGAAGAGCUACUCCCACACAUGCUCAAACCAAAUCCACAUUCCGCUGCUUGGAACAAUAUGAUGCUCUUCCUCCGGUACCAGGUCGAAGAGUUUGCAUGGAAAAAGUGGGGCUCACCCGAAGCACUCGACAAAGAGUUUUAUCGACGCGAGGAAGAAAAACGACGAAAGAAGAGCAAGAAAUUCGAAAGGGGACUCAAGGAGUUGCGCCGCAAGACUCGAGAGGGCAUAUGGCAGAAGCGAAAGGACGAAGAACAUGUGCAUGAUUUUGGGCCAGUCCUCGUGGAUGAUGACGAGGAUGGAGAGGGUGAAGGGCUGGGCAAGCAACGGUGCAAGGAGUGUGGGUUUGAGAUCGAGGUGGAAGAGUUUUGA